AUGGCGCGCGAUCGUCCCGGGGGUGGUUCGGUCGUCGCGUGCGCGCGCGCUGGACCCCAUCGAGCGCUCGCGGUGGCGGUGUGGUCGUGCGAGGUGGCUGGAUUUUACUUCUUAUUCCAUCCAUCCGUCGCCGACGCCACCGCGCGCGCGGCGGCGGGAUGGACGUACGGCGCGCUGGCGACGAUCGCGGCGUGGUCGUUCGUCAUGAGCUGCGCUCUCGAUCCGGUCGCGCGGAGGAUGGAGGAUGGGACGGAGGAGACGUUCGCGAAGACGCUGUAUUGUCGAUUUUGCGACGGGCGCGUCCGACGCGGGGCGAAACACUGUCGAGAGUGCGAUAAGUGCGUGGAUGACUUUGAUCAUCACUGUAAGUGGUUGAAUAAUUGCGUGGGGGGGAGAAAUUACGGGUGGUUCUUCGCGUUGGUGUGCGCGACGUGCGCGCAGAUCGCGGGACAGGUCGCGACGGGCGCGGGGUUGCUCGCGUGGUGCGCGACGACGCCGAGCGAGGCGAAGGCGUACGUGCGAUCGAACGCGACGUACGUUGGAAAUGGCGUUGGAUUCGUGUCGUUGAUCGUUGGGGUGUCCGUGUACGUCGCGUUGGGGGUCGCCCUGUUGUGGGUCGUCGGCGAGUUGUUCGCGUUUCACGUGACGCUGUGCUGGAAGAGGAUGUCGACGUACGAGUACAUCGUCGCCGAGCGCGCGAUCGCGGCGGAUGCGAGGGAACAAGCGAUCGAACGAGGGGAGGACGCGGACGCGAUCAUGGUGCGGACGAGCGUGUGUCGAUUGUGUCGAUUGCCCGAGGCGUACGCGCCGGAACGGCCGGAGAAAUCGAGCGAGGCGGCGGCGCCGCCAAAGGAGAGCAAGAAGAGUGGGGUGUUCUCCCCUAGAAAGUUGAGCCUGAACACGUCGAAACCGACUUCGACCAAGGACGAGCGGCACGUCGAGCCGGACACGCCUCCACCGGUGCGACGGGAGGAGGCGCUGAACCACUUUGACGCCGAGUUACAAAAGCUAUCCGACGCGCGCGGACAGUCGAGACGAGCUCGAAAAGAUUAG